AUGUUCUCUGAACGUAUUGCUGUUGAUCAAGAAGUGUACUAUUUCGAGCCCCAAAUUGGCUGGUCUCGAGGCAAAAUUAAUAAAAUCAAAGGUAAUAACAUUUCCGUGCUGAGUAAGGUUGGAGAAAAGGUGAAGAUUGUGCCUUCAGAACAUAUACACGGUUAUAUUCCCGAAGCUUAUGAUGCUGACAACACGAACCUUUUUAAUGUUAGAGAUUUGCAUGUCUCGACGCUUUUGUUCUGCAUUAAAGAGCGAUUUGAGGAAAAGAAGCAGCAAUACUCUCUAAUGGGUGAAAUGCUUCUAUCGGUGAAUCCGUUUCAAGUAAUGCAAUUUAAUAGCAACCAGGAGCGUCGUAAAUACAUGAACGAACCGGAUUUCAACAAACUCCCACCCCAUAUUUGGCAGAUUGCCCAUAAAGCGUACAACUCGAUCAUGAAACUCGGUCUCAGCAACCAGUCAAUCGUCAUUUCGGGCGAAUCGGGCUCCGGGAAGACGGAGAACACCAAAAGUCUUAUUUCUUAUCUGGGCCAACUCAGUCAUGCGAGCUCGGACACCGCUCAGCAGCGCAGCAUCGCGGAUAGGAUUGAUGAUUGCCUUAUGUGGAGCAACCCCGUGUUGGAGUCCUUCGGUAAUGCCCGGACCGUUCGGAACGACAACUCCUCCCGCUUUGGAAAGUAUAUCAAACUCUACUUUGAUCCUUCGUCCGGCAUCUUGGUUGGGGGUGAAAUCGUCACGUACUUACUGGAGAAGAGCCGGAUUAUCGUACAGUCGGAAGGUGAGCGAAACUACCACGUCUUUUACGAAAUGCUCGCUGAUCUUUCCAUCAGCGAAAAACAGAGCCUCGGUGGGCUUAAGAAUGCCAAGGACUACAGCUGCCUCAACGGAGGGCAAGUUUUCACCCGCCGAGGUGUUGAUGGCAAUACACUCAACGAUUCGGAAGAAUUUAUGAGGGUGCGCCGUGGAAUGAAGAAUAUUGGCAUCCCAGAUCACGUUGUAAAUUCUAUCUAUCGUGUUUUGGCGGCAAUCUUGUUUAUGAUGGAGAUCACUUUUGAAAUGGAUGAUAAUGAUAAAGCCUACAUUUCGAACGAAAAAGUUUUUAUUAAGUCUUGCACGCUACUAAAAAUAGACGCAGGAUUGCUUUCAAAUUGUUUCCUCAUCAAAACUAAGUCCAGCCUGGUUACAAUUUACUCUUCCAAGGUUGAGGCGGAGUUCUCCCGCAACGCCUUCUGCAAAGGCCUCUACGUUGGGUUGUUUGAUUGGAUUGUGGAAUUUAUCAACCGGUCUAUCAAGCCUGAUGAAAAUCUCACAAACUUAAAGUACAUUGGGCUUCUCGACAUUUUUGGGUUCGAAAAUUUUGAUAAGAACAGCUUUGAACAGCUAUGUAUUAAUUUUGCGAAUGAGACGCUGCAGGCUCAUUACAACAAGGAUACGUUUAUUAAUGACGAGGAAGAAUGCGAGAGAGAAGGUGUGGUGCUUCAUAAGGUGGUCUUCCCAGACAACUCGGAGUGCAUUAAGCUUUUUACAAAGCCCCCCAACGGCAUUUUCCCCGCCAUUAAUGAACAGUCCAACUUAAAGGGCGGGACAUCUGGUCACUUCACGAGCAAUCUGUGGAGGUACUGGAAGGACAAAAGCCCCUACUUUGUCGUCCCCAAGAGCACCAUUUCAAACCAAUUUGGCAUCAAGCACUACGCCUCUUUUGUAAACUACGACACGGAAGGAUGGACCGAGAAAAACUCGGAUCCUAUAAAGGACACGAUGUACGAGGCACUUCUUUCCUCCAAGGAUGAAUUCAUUUCAAAAUUGCUUACUAAUGCACAAGCGCGAGCGAGCCGCAAGAUGACGAUCGCCACUCGCUUUCAGUCCCAGCUGAAUGAUCUUCGCAUCAACCUGGAGUCCACCGAAACGCGAUUUAUUCGUUGUAUUAAGCCGAAUAUGCAAGCGAGAUCGGACAUUAUGGAGAAUUUUCUGGUUAGCUCUCAACUGGAAUCCUCCGGGGUAUUGCAAACCAUCGCGCUCAAACGUCAAGGCUACCCCGUGCGCCUCUAUCUCGAAAAUUUCAGUCGCUACUUCUUCUUGAUUAUGCCACGCAAGACUGUGAAAACUUUUAAAAGUAAAAACUACAGCCAAGCCUGCAGCGAGCUCCUCAACUAUUAUGAACGAAUAUAUGGAUGGAAGCGUCCUAACUUCGUGUUGGGGAAGACAAAGGUCUUUUUGAAGGGUGAGAUAUGGUCCGAUCUCGACCGCUUAGUGGUGCGUCGCCGUUCUCAACUGGUCAAGCAGUGUAAGCGGUAUUUAUCGCGAUGGGUGAAGGAAUAUCAGGAGCGCAAACGCUCCGAACAGGCGAAACGGAUCGCCAAGCUUAAAUGCCUGCGUGAAGAGCGCGAGGCGAAGGGGGCACUCUGCGCGCACGGCUUGCCCGGCGAGCGAAUUAUGUGGGUGGAGGAUAUCGCCAAUCUUUUCCCCCUCAUGGAUAUGUCGAUACUGAUGGAUAUUGCCGCCGAAGCGGACAGCUAUGAAAGGGCACUUGCCAUGGUGUCAAACAUUCACGAACAAUGUGUGGAUAAGCGCGAGAUGUCCACUUUCAUUAAUUUGAUGAUGUCCGCGCGGGUUUGCCCCAAUGUGGUCAAGUCAUUUCUGGAAUCCGACAUCAACUCGAUUGCCUCGAUUUGUCGUAUUACGGUUCGUGAGCUCAAGUCCUACGGCUGCUCGAAUAUCGAGGUAGCGGCGCUCACCAAGAAAAUUAUGGAGAAAGAAUUGAAGUUAGACUGUCUUGAGAAGCUCAGCUACGCGAUUGGGACGCACGAGGAGUACGAAGCGGCUGAGGCCCUCCGAGAAAUGGAGGGGCGGCUCCUACAGCAGGAUUUCGAGAUGAAGGUUGCCGCACUCGUCGAAAUUGGAUUUUCCGAAGAGGACGUUCGAUUGGUUCUCGCCCAUUAUGAUGGUAAGGUUGAGCGUGCGGUUACGCGGCUUCUCUCUGGCAUCAACCGCAAAAAAAUCCAACAACACGUCCGAAAACAUAAUAAAUAUACCACUGCGGACCCCAACGUUCAACAUCUCAUAGCUAUGGGAGCCCCUAAGCGAGAUGUAAAGGCCGCACUGCGUACCAUGAACGGUGACAUCAAUGAGGUGGCCAAGGUAUUAUUUGGGCUAACCUGUGUUCCAUAA